AAUAGAGGCGGGCGGGAAGCGCGCGGAAACAUUCAAAUGAGUAAAACUGGUUUGAUAAUGGCAGGCAGCAUGAAUGAAUGAACUUGACUCUUUCGGCGUGGAGUAAACGAAACGAUAAAAGUGGCGAAUCGAUCGUAGUAGCGCAAUCUCCAUGCGUCGCGCGUCGAGGCCACAAAAUUGGAGGUUUCCCCACGAAUAGCGCACAGACAGAAACAAGCGGCGCGACCAACACGUUUCCGUCCUCCUGCGAAACAGUGCCAAUUCCUUUACAUAACCUACAACACAAAUGAACCAGAAUUAACAGAGAAAAAUGGCAUCGAAAUUUAGGAAAUUGGCGGUGGGCGGUAUAGCGGGCGCAGUGGGCGCAGGAAUCGCAACUUAUGCCUUAUUAAACGACGGCAAAAAAUGGGCCACGGUGAGCGCAUCGACAGCGACACCCCGACGUCUGAAGCGCCAACUACCGACGCGUGAGGAACAAAUACAGUCGCUGCAAACGGAAGCGUUCGAUGUGGUGAUAGUGGGCGGCGGAGCGACCGGAUCGGGAUGCGCCCUCGACGCCCAGACGCGCGGCCUCAAAACCGCCCUGAUCGAAGCCGACGACUUCGCAUCGGGCACGUCCAGUCGGAGCACCAAGUUGAUUCACGGGGGCGUCCGUUAUCUGCAGAAGGCGAUUAUGCAACUGGACAUUGAGCAGUACAGAAUGGUGAAGGAAGCGUUGCACGAACGCGCCAGCAUGUUGGAGUCGGCGCCCCAUCUGGCGCAUCCCUUGCCCAUCAUGCUGCCCGUUUAUCAGUGGUGGCAGGUUCCGUAUUAUUGGUUCGGCAUCAAGAUGUACGACUUGGUGGCCGGUUCGAAAACAGUCAAGAGUUCCUAUUUGCUGUCGAAGAAGAACGCCUUGGAAUUGUUCCCCAUGUUGCGAGGAGACAAACUUUGCGGCGCCAUUGUUUAUUAUGACGGUCAGCAAGACGACGCCAGAAUGAAUCUGGCCAUCGCCAUGACGGCCGCCCGACACGGAGCCACCGUGGUGAACCACGUGUCCGUAACGGAACUGCUCAAAGAGAAACAAUCGGACGGGAAAAUGAAAAUCUGCGGAGUCCGAGUCAAGGACGAGAUGACGGGGAAGACGUGGACGGUGCCGGCGAAAUGCGUCAUCAACGCCACCGGACCGUUUACCGACAGUAUUAGGAAAAUGGACAAUCCCGACGUGAAGGAGAUCUGCUGUCCGAGCAGCGGCGUCCACAUCACUUUGCCGGGAUACUACAGUCCCGAACAGAUGGGUCUCCUGGAUCCGUCGACCAGCGACGGCAGAGUAAUCUUCUUUUUGCCGUGGCAGAGACACACGAUUGCCGGCACGACCGAUUUGCCGUGCGACGUUACCCACAAUCCGAAACCGACCGAAGACGAAAUCCAGUUCAUCCUCGAAGAAGUCAAGAACUAUCUCAAUCCAGACGUCGAAGUUCGCCGCGGGGACGUUCUGUCGGCGUGGAGCGGCAUCCGGCCGUUGGUCUCGGACCCGAACAAACCGGACACGCAAUCGUUGGCUCGCAACCACAUCGUCCACAUCAGCGACUCCAACCUGGUGACGAUCGCCGGUGGCAAAUGGACGACGUACAGAUCGAUGGCGGAGGAAACGAUCGACGCUGCGAUCAAAGGUUGCAACCUCAAACCGGUACACGAGAAGAGCCAAACUGACGGUCUCUUGUUGGAGGGGGCACACGAAUGGACUCCCACCAUGUACAUCCGCUUGGUGCAGGACUUUGGACUGGAAUGUGAAGUCGCACAACACUUGGCCAAAAGUUACGGCGAUAGGGCUUUCACCGUUGCCAAAAUGGCCGCACUCACCGGCAAACGUUGGCCCAUCAUCGGCAAGAAACUGCAUCCGGAAUUCCCCUACAUCGACGCCGAAGUCAGAUAUGGAGUUAGGGAAUACGCGAUGACAGCCAUCGACAUGAUCGCCCGCAGAGUCAGGUUGGCCUUCUUGAACGUGCAGGCAGCUCAGGAAGCGCUUCCCGACAUCAUCAACAUCAUGGCCGAAGAGUUGGGAUGGUCAGAGGAUGAGAAGAAGAAACAGACCCAGUUGGCGACGGAGUUCUUGCACAACGAAAUGGGUCAAAACGUGAACAGGGCGAGCAGAGACAAGAUCCCCAUCAAUUUGAGCAAAGAAGAAAUCCAGCUUUACAUCAAACGUUUCCAAUUCAUCGACAAAGACCGCAAAGGUUACGUGUCCAUCAACGACAUCAGGAGGAGUCUGAAAUCUUUGGGCAUCAAACUGACAGACGACGAAAUCCAUUCGCUGCUCUCAGACAUUGAUCUAACGUACAACGGCCAGAUGGAACUGUCCGAUUAUUUACACCAACAGGGCGAGGAAGUGGCAGGCGAAGAACUGCACGAGAUUCUGCGCGAGAUCGACACCAACAUGAACGGCCAAGUCGAACUCGAUGAAUAUCUGCAGAUGAUGUCUGCCAUCAAGUCGGGCCACGUGACAUACUCGCGGUUUGCGCGAAUGGCGGAACUCGAGGAGUUCAAGCACGAAAAGGAGAUGCUCAAAAAGAAGAUUUCCGUCGACAGGAGCGGAGGCGGUUUAUAAGUGUGAACAUCGAAAUAUCCUUCGUUUUCUUCUUCUCAUCCCGUCAUGUAUAAAGUACAUUUCAUCACUUUUUUAUGAUCGCACACAUUUUCCUAUCGCGAUGAAGAACGUCGUCGACGACUCUCAGGAACAUUUUCCAAGUUGGGUGUGAUUUCAUUUUAUUUCUUGUUGUAGAUUUAAAAUAAUAAAUUAAACUUAAGUUAUUGUUGUUAA